CGUUAUGGGAAACUAAGCACAAGACAACAGAGAACUGAACAAAGGAAUGCAUCACCGUGUGUAAGUUAGGAAGAGAUGUUCAGUGAAUAUUGGAUCAACAGAUGAACUAACUGGUAAAGUUUCAACAACACAUCGUCACUUUCAUAGACACGGAAACUAAUUUUUGCUUUAUUUGGCUCAAGAACCGUUUGAAAUGUUAAUACACAUCGUCGCUUUUCUGUGAGGAAUUCACUGGUUCACUAAAAUGUCCUCUUUUAUUUUUCAACAUCAAUCAAUUUUAACCGAAACCUCGCAAUUCUGGAAAUUAUAGUUAAGUCCCAUCAGUUUCAACAUCAUUUUCCCGUAACCUGUUUUUUUUUUCAUCUUUCCUUGCCAAAUCCAGUUUUGAUUUUUGGUAGUACUAUUCAAUUUCUGUAUUUAAAUUCGGAUAAUACUUGUUCUGGAUAAUUAAGGAAAUUUUGGCACCGAUUUACAGCAGGUCAAAAUUUGAAAGAAAACAUUAACCACCAGAGAAUUGUGACCCGCCCAUGACACGGUUUGUUUUAAAAAUCUAAUUCUGUAGAUGUCGAUCGUUUCGACUAUCAUUAUUAUUUUUUCCCCUGAUCGGCCCAGUUAACAACAUUUUAUUACUUUAAACUGAGAAACGAGGAAAUUGAAUUUAAUUUUCUUGCCUUUGUCGCCUUUUUCUGUAAUAGAAAACUCAGACGUGUUUAGAAAGUAUCGGAUAACUACGCGGAUAGUUUGGGACCGAGUACUAGUGCUAGUGCCCAAGCCCCUUGAAGUACAACAAGCCUUCUUUUUUAAACAUUUUGAUUUCGGCCUAUCCUCGGGUAAAAUAUCGCAGCAUUGCAAGCAUUGUAACGGAAUAUAAAUGAUACGUUCCAAACCGGGAUCAGAAUGGACGAAUUUAGCAUUUUUGAGCUGAUUAAAAUUUUAACUUUUCGCCAAAUUCCGUGCUCUGAACAGUGGUAGGAAAUAAUUGUCUUGGAAACGAGCCACGUGCAUUAAUAUACACAUGAUACGUGUAAGCCGGAACAUUUAUCUCAUCGCAAUUACUUUUAGUGGUGAUCCGCUUUGAAAAUGGUGCUAAAUGAAUUCAAGUUCAUCUCACCUCGCACGUGUGGCGUUUUAGUGUUAAUUGGAAGCCUACAGGUUCCAGUUUGUCCCCGUUCAAAUAAAAUGCAAAUUUCUCCGGCGGGCCAAUAUUCUCUCCUUUGACGAGAACAAAACAUCCAGUUCAUUUAAGCCAAAAUAAAUUCAUUUGUGUAAUGAGUUUCGCAUAACAAGUAUGUGUUAAAAACCGCCUCUACCACAUUGUCGCUGGGAGUAUUUUCUUGGAAAAAAAUUAGAAUUUUCGCCAGAAAAAAAUUGUAUUCAAUAUGCCAGCCGAUUCUACUGUGAUCUAAAUAGAACUUGUCAGGUUUAAGUUUACGACCGCUGUACAUAUAUUAUCAACUGUCAAGCCACAGUGACACAACAAUUAAGCACCAAGCAGGCUGGUAACAUAUUUACACAACAUGAUCGGGUCAGCUCGAUGGAAAAUCUAUGAAAGAAAAUAACAUAUUUGGUUCGGAUCUUCGGAAAUGAGCGUUCAAAAAGGUUAUUACCAUGUUACUACGACAAAACUUGGAAGAGAUGUCUCAGCUAAGCCAACAAAUUACCAUGCGCCUGUCACUGCUGUGUUUACAAGGAACGCGCUAACUUCGAGUGUUCCUCGCGCGGUGGGCACAAAGACUGUUCAACCGAAAAUAAUGUCCCCGACAACUAACCAUUCGGCUCAAAGAAGAAAAUACGUGACUUCUUUGUCUAUUAUUCCCAAAGAGAAGAUUCCCAAGAUUGUGGUUUUGCCGAGUAUUGAUAAAGAUAUUGUUGGAUCAGCAGCGAAGCAGGUAUCACCUAAAAUUCCUGUUGCUACAAAUACUACCGUGAAUAAGACUUCAAGAGAAGCACCGAAGAAAGAAAAGGUUAGCCAGUCAAAACCAAGGUACGUCUCUUGUCUUCAUACUUCCUUGAGCACUGAGUGGAAGAAGGCGAACAGUUUAGAUAAAGAAUAUAUUUCCCACAAGGAAAAAGGUCGGAGAACUUCUUCGCUUCAAAUUGACUGUGACUCCAACAGGAAUACAGCUCGAUCAGCUGCGUCAAACAGAAGUUCUUCGCUUGGACUUCGCGUCGAAGACAACAACAUUUCUAAGCUAGAAAAUCGUCGAUGUGGAGAAAAUUCAAGCACUUCCUCUUUAAAUCGCAGAAACGUUAAAGAAACUACGGGCAUGAACAAGCACAGCGUUCGAAUUCAAUAUAUACCUUUGAGGAAAAGUUUCACGAUCAAAGACUCUGUCAUAGACACCAAGGUACUUGGAACAUCUGCGAAUUUAAAAACUCGCUUUCAAGAUCAAACGCCUCAACGACUUCGACCGAGAAUGCUACCAAAGAGUCGCUUUAGGGUCAAAAUUCAAAAAUGUCACCAUAAAAACGUCAAUAUUUCAGAUUCCUUGAACGCAAGCCGGGAUAAAAGAGUUAAACCAUUAGAAAAAGCGAGUCGAAGCGUGGUUAUUCAAGAUAAGGGUCCCCGACGAUCAUUUUCUGUUCAAAAACCUACGCUUUUGAGCGCGCGAUGAAAUAAAGAAGGAAAAAGUCUUAAGAUAUUAAAAGCAAAAUAUUGAAGCAGAAGUUUGAAUUAGUUGAUACCAAGAUAUUGUCGCGAAUAAAUUGUUAGCAAUUCAAAAUUGCAAAUUUCUUGGAAGAUUAUUGUUAUUGAGGAUUUAUCAUGAUGGAACCAAAUUUACAUCAAAAGUUGACGCGAUGUUAAAUGGCGUGUGUUUGCAGAAAUACAGCUUGGCUAAAAAACAAGGUUGACGGAGUCGUCAAGAAUAAGUUUUAAAUUGUAAUCUUAAAUACUGCCUUCGGAUACAACAAAAGAUGAGAUACGCUAGUAAAAUUACUAAAAACUGUCACUGAAUCAUUUAACUUCUCGAUAUUCGCCUCAACAUUCUGUUAUCUGUUACCUCAGGGUCACAGCUUUCUACUUAUAGUAGUAUAUCAAGAACUCAUUUAUAAGCGUUUGACUGAAACUUAAACUUAGCUUCAUUUGAGCGAAAGGAAUCGUUCGGACCUUACAACAGUUGUUCUUGGUGACGCCUCAGUAGACAAAAUUAAAAUUAAACUGAAACUUUUAAACUGUCAAUUUUUUAAUGCAGAGUUUCUUGUCCGCGCUAUACUGAAUUCAGUGUAUGUAUAUCGAUGGUUAAUUUCAACAAAGGUUAUUGCUUCGCUUCUAAAAUAAAUAUUUCUUUCCUUUUCCAAAUAAAGCACAACGUUUGAGCGUAUCAAAUGUUCCUUUUUCAGUACGCUUGGACAAUGUUUUCAAAAAUAUUGUUUUGAUGUUUUCAAAAUAAAGAAAAUGGCAAGCUCGAAUUAAAAACCCGCCGCCGCCAAAGGCUGGUAAAAUA